AAAGAAGCGCCGGAUUGACCAGUAUCUAGGCUAGACUGAGUUCAGAGGCAGAGAGGAGACAUCCAAAAUAGCAUAUCGAGGCCCAAAUUCAGGAAUCCUCUUCCCCAUUAAUUGACUCUUUUUAGGAGAUGACUGACAAUUCGAGAAAAUGGGGGCUCCUGCGACCGAUCAGAAUUUGACAUUUCCACAGAUCGCUGAAUUUCCUCCACACUACAGACGCUGACAGGAGCGGCGGCGGCGGCGGCGGCGGCCAGGAGCGAAGUCCUGCCGUCCCGUGGAUUUAUCACGGCACCGAGGCGAGAUACGCAUGGAAACAUGGCUGCUAUGAGGACUUUAACCGUGGCGGGGCUGUUUUUGGCGUUCUGCGCGCUGGGACUGAUCGCGGUGGCGAUCAGCACCAACAACUGGUACGAGACUGACGCCAGGAGGCACAGGGAGCGCUGCAAGAAUUAUUCCAACAAAAGGAACGACCCUGGAUACAUUUACAUCUCCCCCAACAACCUCCCGCUCCGCAUGCUGCCAAAGGAGAGGAAUGUGAGCAUUAAGGGCUCCGGCAGCGGCGGCAGCAGCGGGGAGAUGCUGCUGCGCGCAAAGCGGCACUUGCUGCCUCCUGCCCCGGCCAUGGAGUCUCUCUGCAGUCGGCAGUUCAACUCCACCAUCACCGGACUGUGGAGAAAGUGCCACCGGGAGGGAUUUGACUUAGAGACAGAGGAUCUGAUCUUUAAAGGAUUGGUUCCGCGCUGCACAUCAAUAAAAUACUACUACUCAUCAUCCGUCCUCCCCAGAAACCUGCCAAUCAACCUGACCAAGACGAUAAGGCAGGAUGAGUGGCACGCGCUCCACCUCAAGAGGAUGACUGCCAGCUUCAUCGGCAUGGCCAUAUCCAUCAUCCUGUUCGGCUGGAUCAUCGGCGUGCUGGGCUGCUGUCAGGAGCAUGAUCUGAUGCAGUAUGUCGCCGGACUGCUCUUCCUCAUGGGAGGGACGUGCUGCAUCAUCUCCCUCUGUACGUGCGUGGCUGGGAUCAACUUCGAACUGUCCCGUUAUCCCCGGUACAUGUUUGGGAUACCGGAGGACAUCAGUCACGGCUACGGCUGGUCCAUGUUCUGUGCGUGGGGAGGCCUGGGCCUGACGCUGCUGGCUGGUUUUCUGUGUACACUUGCCCCCUCUCUCUACCCACCACAAACCCCCGUGGUGCACAAGCCCCGACAGGAGAACGGCUGCGUGUGACAGGCCGGUGCACAUCCAGCAGACACCUGUCUCAUCCCGGAACGCUGACGAGCCUCCCUCUCUCUCAGAGACAGUUUGACCCAGGGAUGCUGGGCAGAGAGAGCCUGCACGCAUCUUGGCACAAAGGAAGCACAGGACACUGUGGCUCUGGCUCACGUGAAACUGAUGAAGAGGUGACAUUUGACUGAAGACGAUUUCAGUUCCUCUGGUGCUUUUUUUUUUUCCUCCUUCUGUCCCUCUUCAUGAAUGAACCGUUCAGUGUCAUUGCUUGCUCUUCAAGAGGAGAAUAUAAUAGUUUCUUUCUGUAAAAUCUGCUCGUCUGAAAGAA